AUGCGCGGCGCCGCCGCGUUCCUGCGCGGAUUCCUCGACUCCGCGCUGCCGCUGCUCGCCCUGCUCGCGCUUCUCUCCGCGCUCCUCCGCUUCCUUCCCCCCCGCCCCUACGUAAGAGUCCCUCUCUACGCAUGUCCCGCGCCCUGUCGUCCGCCCCGCCCUCAUUCCUGCACCAACCCCUGUCCACCGCCCUGCACCGCGCCCCGCCUGCUGCACUUGACACCUGCCCUCCCUUCUUUCUUACUUCUCCUCUCUGCCAUUGCCCUGUCUGCUGCCCGUGCCCCACUCACCUCAUUCCCCUUGCCUGCCUCUCCCAUGCACCCACCCGCCCAUGCACGCACUCUCCAUGCACGAACCCGCCCAUGCCCCCACCCGCCACGACACGCAACGGGGCAGGAGGAGGUGGGGCGGUGGGAGGAGGCGCAGGAGCAGAGCGCCGAUGCCACCACCACCAUGCUGCUCGCCGCGCUUCGACGACUCAAGUGUGAGCCGCCUGCCGCCCGCCCUUGUGCUGUGCCCCCUGACCUCUGCACCGUGCCCCCUGACCUCUGCACCGUGCCCCCUGACCUCUGCACCGUGCCCCCUGACCUCUGCACCGUGCCCCCUGACCUCUGCACCGUGCCCCCUGACCUCUGCACCGUGCCCGCUGCUCCCCGUCCGCCGCCCAUGCCGCCACCCCAUGCCGCCACCCCAUGCCGCCACCCCAUGCCGCCACCCCAUGCCCAUGCCGCCGCCACCCCAUGCCGCCUGCCCAUUGCCCCAUGCCCCUUGCGUCCCCCUUCCUCCUCCCCGUGCUCAUUCCCCUUCCGCCUAGCAUCUCCCGCACUCACCCCAUCCCUCCCCAUCCUAACUCCCUUUCCCCUCCCCCUUCCUAAUGUGCAUCCGUCAAAUUUUCCCCCUAUGCACUUUGUGUCGCCCUCACCUCUCCAAACAGCGGAGCCACAGCGGCAGCGCCUGGAGAGAUGCCUGCCGGGGUGCGUCCUACCCCUCCUCUCCCUCCCUCUCCUGGCGAUUCUCCUCGUGAACCCGACCUCCAACUCACCGUCGACCAAGCCACCGCUGAUGCAGACUUCAUCUUACGACGACGUGCAUACCUUAUUCGCAAAGCUGAACUAUGAAUCACGCCUUCACGCCUUUACCGAAGCCAAUCCCAUGGCCGAUCUCGCCUCUGUUGAGCAGUGGAUCAUAGACACCGAAGUCAAACUUCGCACCCCCAUUGUCAACCUCGCCUCCUCCCAACCCUCCUCCUCCUCCCUCAACGCUACCCAGCCCCGCAAGCAGGCUCGGAACAACGGCAAAGGGGGAGGUGGGGGCAAGGGAGGUGGCGGUCAGGGCAACGGCAGCACAAACAGCCGUGGCGGCGCCACUGGGGAUGAGCAUGGCACCACUAAUUCGGGCGGAGCCUCUGCAGGCCGCGGAAGUCGUCCUGGCACUCUUCCGCCCUGCACCUAUGUCCGUCGCUAUGGUCCCCGGGCUGGAACACCCUGCGGGCAGACAAACCAUCCCCCUAGCACUUGCUUCAAGGCUCUCGAUGAUGCCUGGUACGUGCGGGGCAAUGUUGGCACUCCUCCCAAGUGGGGAACGAUCUCCCCACGUCCCUCCCUUGCCGACAUCCAAACCAACCCCGCUUACCUCCCUGCCCACCUCCGCCUCCUUGUUCCCCCCACACCGCUCCUCAAUCUCCAACAGCAGCACCUCCUGCAGCAGCACCAGCAGCAGCAGCAACAGCAGCAGCAGCAGCAGCUGUUUCAUCAGCAGCCACAGCAGCAGCAGCAGCCGCAACCCCAGCCGCACCCAUGGGGAACUGGACUCCUACCCCAGUGGGGACCCAGCCCUCCUCCUUGGCAGCAGCAGCAGCUGAAUUUUGGCACAGCUGCCAUAGCCGCUCAAGCCUCACCGUCCCCCCUUUGGGCAGGGGCAGCAGCCGCAGCAGCCGCAGCAGCAGCCGCCGCAGCAGCAGCAGCAGCAGCAGCAGCAGCAGCAGCAGCAGCAGCAGCAGCAGCAGCAGCAGCAGGGGCAGCAGCAGCAGCAGCAGCAGCAGCAGCAGGGGCAGCAGCAUCGGGAGGAGCAGCAGCCGCAACAGCAGUAGGACUCGAGGAUUCCCAUGAGGAGUUCACCAUGGUCCAGCGCCACACUCCCUCUCUCACCACGCUCUACCCUGGCCUCCUCGGCGCUCUAAUCCUUAGCGCGAUCUCCGCUCCCACCAUCUUCGUCCCCUCCACCUUCCAGGAGGCUAUCACAUGCGCUGACGCUGACAAGUGGAUAGCCGCCAUCUUCCUGGAAUCGGAGCCACAGAGGCAGCGCCUGGAGAGGGGCCUGCCGGGGUGCGUCUUGUAUGCGGACGACCGCCGCCUGAGUGCAUCCUCGCUAAGAGCUGCUGGCAGUGACUCGUUUGAAGCGCAUGGGCGCGAGUUCCCGUACUGGCUCGCCACCAAGCUCAUCAACCGGCACUCGCCCUGGCUGGCAGGCACCAUUUCUCUUGUUUCCCGCGCUCACCAUCACGCUGUGCGCUCCCGCUUCACUCCUUGCUCCGCUGCUCCCCUCCAUCCCCUCCCUGUUCCUGCAUGGGCCACCCACAGGGCGUAUGCGCAGCGCCACGGGUACCGCUUUGUGGAGAUGGGCGAGGCGGACAAGGACCCAGGCAGACACCCCUCGUGGUUCAAGGUGCCUCAUGGUUCAAGGUGCGCUUCCUACAGUGCCAGCUGUCCUCCUGCUGCAAGUGCGCUUAUCCUCUCAUCCUCCAUCCCCGCACCCCGCCUCCCUAACUCCCCGCCCCAGGUGCGUUUCUUACAGCGCCAGCUGUCUUGCUGCUGCAAGUGGGCAUUCUUCCUGGACUCAGACGCCUACUUCCGCAUGGACAACCACCGCCUGUCCAUUCAAAGCUGGGUGGAUCGACUGACUCUGCCUGCGCUUCCUUUGUCCGACUCACACGCGUCCAUCCGCAUGGCCAACCACCGCCUCUACCGUGCCCAGCUGGGUGCACCAACUCACUCUGCCUCUACGACCAACCUGGGACGAACACAAUCCUACACUGCUCUCCACCUCUCCUUGCCGUGCUUUUUUCCAUCAGUCUCUUUCCUUGUUUCACUUUGGCGCUUCAAACAUUCUUCGCAUGGUCAACCACCGCCUCUCUGUGCACUGCUGGGUCGACCACCUCACCCUUCUCGUGGUGCAUGGCUGGAUGGGUGCAUGGCUGGAUGGGUGCAUGGCUGGAUUGGUGCAUGGCUGGAUGGGUGCAUGGCUGGAUGGGUGCAUGGCUGGAUGGGUGCAUGCUGGAUGGGUGCAUGGCUGGAUGGUGCAUGGCUGGAUGGGUGCAUGGCUGGAUGGGUGCUGAGCUGGAUGGAGCUCCUCCGUCUUCCAUUCUGUCUCCCACCAUUUCUCCCACCUUUCCACCCCUCUCACUCUUUCACCUCUUCUCCCCCUCCUCCACCCACCCCCCAGCACUACUUUGACUGGAUCGCCCGUGACUACAACAUCUCGCUGGCCAACCAGACCUGCUUCCCGCGCCCCCCCUCCUCCAUCUUCUCGCACUCACCUCCCGCCUGCCCCCCGUCACCUGUGGGGACUGGGCAGGGUGGGGGAGAAGGCGAGGCAGGAGAGGGGGGGCAUUGGGGAGGUGGAGGAGGGGGGGAGGGGGAGAGCCGGGCGGCGGUGUGUGUGGUGGCGCCGCGGAACGAUGAUGAGGCGUCGGGGAUGGCGGAGGGGCGGGCGGGGGCGCUGUUCAACGGCAGUAUGGAGUAUGUGAAUGCGGGGGUCACACUCUGGAGGCGCUCCCCGCACUGCCUCAAGAGCACACAAGCCUCGAGCCUGCCACUGACUCCCAACCUCCCCUUAUCCCCUCACUCAAUUAUCUCCCAUUCCCUCCGAUCCCCCACCCCGUUGUCUCCCGCCCCCUUCACAGUUGCUUGCCAACUGGCACACGGAGCCGGCGAGGCAGUACCUCCUGCUUGCCAGCUGGCACGAGGAGCCGGCCAGGCAGUACCUGUGGAGGCGCAACUGGGAGCAGCCGAGGCUCAACGUGCUGCUCGCUAUGCCGCAGCACGUUGCCGACGUGGCAGUGGUGCCCUUCCGGGAGCUGACCGGGCACUCGGGACGCGCCAUCCGGCACCGCUGGCUCAACUCCAUCAUGACUGA